AUGGCCUUUCUCACAGGUGUUGGCGUGCUUUCAAUCGUUCUUGGACAAGCUCUGGCUGAGAUUGGUGUCAUCAGUCCUCUUGCGCAAGCAUGUCCUGGCUAUACUAACAACUCUGACGUGGUCUGCAUCAACCAUUAUGCAUCCGCCAUGCCACCGACUUUCGAUCGUCCACAUUCGAGUGGAGGAGAAUACUUCCCAAACGAUACCUUCGUCGGAACCGAAAUCCCGUCUGAUCCAUCAUGGCAACUCGUGAAGAACGCAACUUUCGUUGUCUUCGAUGAGCGCGGUAGCCAGAUUCUUGGACCUUCUCCUAAACUGGAACAUAUCUUUGCUACACGGAACGACUCCAUUCACGAAGGCCCAGUAUAUGUUCCAGCUUUGGAUGCAAUCAUCUUUUCGUUACCUCAUCAGGGCAUCUAUGAGCAGCAAAUCAUCCAUCUCAAUGGCUCGACACCUCGUAUCGACAACUAUACUACCACCCCUCCCGUGUAUGCGGUAAAUGGAGGCAAGCUUUUCAAUGGAAAGGUCUACUGGGCUGUCGAGGCAGGUUUCUCUUUCCCUUCUCCCAAGAACGGAUCACUAGUUGCUCAGAGACCUGGUAUCUACGAGCUCGAUCCUCUCACUGGGGAUGUCAAGGUUCUGCUCAACAACUACUUUGGCCAGGCAUUCAACAGCCCGAACGAUCUUUGGGUAGAUGCGCAAGGCGAUAUCUGGUUCACCGAUUCCUGGUACGGCUAUGCCAUCAAUGUUACCGAGUAUCCUGUACUGCGACCUGCGACCUACCGCUUCAUACCCUCCACCGGACGUGUAUCAAUCGUUGACGACAGCAUUGCUCAGCCCAACGGCAUCGGCAUGUCUCCUGAUGGUCGCACCAUGUACAUCAGCGAUACUGGUGUUACUGACUUUGCGAACUAUCCAGCUAACGGUACCCUGCCUCGUUACACUUACAACCCUCUCGGAGGAAACUCACUCUACGCUUUCGAUGUGCUUCCUUCGCCAGCCGGAUCUUACAUCACGGGUAAGCGACCUAUCUACUUGGCUCAGACCUUUGGAGAUGACGGCUUCCACGUUGCUCAGAAUGGAUAUCUGCUGGGGGCUGAAGGUGGCGGUGUCACCGUGUUGAGCGCAUAUGGUGAGGUGUUGUUGCGCAUUGAGACCGGCUUCACAAUCAACAAUAUCCAAUUUGCUGGUCCUGACAGGAAGGACCUUUGGCUUUUCGGUGAAGGUCCAAUCAGUCGACUGACUUGGGAUCUGGUCGGCAUGGCACAAGAGUGA